UAGGCAUUGGCUCUGGCCAGGCUGUAGCCCUGCCAUCAGCGCCUGCACCCUGCUGUUGGUGCAGACAUCAGGGGUGGGGCGGGGCAUGUUCCCCACCCCCCAGUACGUCACCUAUGUCCUGACCCUUCAACACUGAUUUGUCCUGAGAAGCAUGGCAUGGGCUGGGCCCUGCACCAGCCAUUUGUAAAUGUCUCCCAUGUGGUUUGAAACCUAGCACAGUUCUUCCAGAAGUGAGAUUCCCAAAGGAAAUUACACCUUGAGGGAAGCAGCUGCUAUUGCAGAAUAUUCAAACACUGCAUUCACAGAUGCCAAGGCCUGGGAGGUGCAGUUGCCCAGGGAUCACAUGGUCUCACAUGGUCCUAAAAAGCGUAAGCCAGAGGGCCUUUUUCAUUCCAGUAAAAGCUUUACAAAAGGAGUAAGGCAGGAUCUGCUGGCAGCAUUUACAAGCAUCAUUGGACAUCUGUUUCUCUGCCCUGGGCACUCCCAGCCUUUGCUCACCCGUGUCCUGGUUGAGAGGCCAUGUGACAGGCUAAAGCUUCUACGACUUGUGCGCUGGGCCCCUUGAUUCAGCACUCAACCCAUAAUGUAAGGGUCUGAUGUGCUCUACUUUGAUGGGGAUGAUGCCAUCUCCUACCGAUUCCGAGGCAAGACUGUCAGCACCCUUCAGGACACCAUCUCCUUCAACUUCAAGACGUUGGAGCGGGACGGGGUGCUGAUGCACGGGGAGGGCUCACAGGGUGACUACAUCACUGUAGAGCUGAAACAGGCCCAGCUGGUACUGCACAUCAGCUUAGGCAGCAGCCCACUGCACUCCAGUGAGGGGCACACAACAGUGACAGUGGGUAGUCUCCUGGAUGACCACCACUGGCAUUCACUGCAUAUUGACCGCUACGGCCAACAUGUCAACCUGACCCUGGAUGGGGAAGUCAAACACUUCCGCUGCAAUGGGGAUUUUGACCAGCUGAACCUUGACACCGAGGUGUUCUUUGGGGGUGUGGUCAACCAGGAGAAGCAGAGGCUGGUCUAUCGGCAGAACUUCCGGGGCUGCAUAGAGAACAUCUACUUCAAUGGUGCCCACAUUGCUGAUCUGGCUCGCAGGAAGAAGUCCAACAUCCGUUUUGAGGGCCGCGUCGGCCACUACUGCGAGAACCCACCCUACGCACCCAUCACCUUCGCAGGCAUCAACAACUACCUGCAGGUACCGGGGAUCCCACGCAGGAACCGUAUGUCUGUCAGCUUCAAGUUCCGCUCUUGGGAUACGGUGGGGCUACUGAUGUACACCAGCUUUGCUGAUCGCCUGGGCUCCCUGGAGAUGGUGCUGAGUGAGGGCCAGAUCAAUGUCUCCAUUACCCAGCCUGGCAAAAAGAAGCUGGAGUUUGCAGCAGGGUACCGCCUCAAUGAUGGCUUCUGGCAUUCAGUGCUGUUGGUGGCACGGGAUGGCUCAGCUGUGGUAACCAUUGAUGAUGAUGAUGGGGCAGAGUUCCGUGUGGCGCACCCUUUCCAGCUGCGCACUGGGAGCCAGUACUUCUUUGGGGGUUGCCCCAAGCCUGCCUCCAUCACUGGCUGCCUAUCAAACCAGACUACUUUCCAUGGCUGCCUGCAGAUGAUCAGUGUGGACGCACAGCCUGUGGACUUGGAGUUACUGAAAUAUCACCGCCUGGGAAAGUACUCGGAUGUGUUCUUUGAUAUGUGUGGCAUCACAGACAGGUGCACCCCCAAUCUUUGUGAGCAUGGUGGUCGUUGCCUGCAGUCCUGGGAUGAUUUCAUCUGCAUCUGUGACCUGACGGGAUAUCAGGGAGAGACCUGCCACAAACCUGUUUACAAAGAGUCAUGUGAAGCAUAUCGGCUCAGUGGGAAAACAGCUGGGAACUACACUAUUGACCCUGAUGGCAGUGGGCCCCUCAAGCCCUUCACUGUGUACUGCGAUAUGAGAGAGGAUCGAGCAUGGACCAUCAUCCGGCACAACCGGCACUAUGCCACACGGGUGUUAGGCUCCAGUGUGGACCGGCCUUUCUUGGGGGCAGUGGAGUACUGGAAUGCCUCAUGGGCUGAAGUGUCAGCCCUGGCCAAUGCCUCUGAAUACUGCGAGCAGCGCAUUGAGUUCUCCUGCUACAACUCCCGCCUGCUCAACACACCCUCUGGGCUGCCCUUCAGUUUCUGGAUGGGCCGCCAUGACCAGCGCCAUUACUACUGGGGAGGCUCACGCCCGGGCAUCCAGCGCUGUGCCUGUGGCCUGGACAAGAACUGUGCUGACUCCAGGUUCUUCUGCAACUGUGAUGCUGACCAUGCCCUUUGGAGGGUAGACAAGGGACUCUUGAACUUCGUGGAUCACCUACCUGUCACUCAGGUUGUGGUUGGAGAUACCAACCGAUCCAGCUCUGAGGCCCAGUUCCUGUUGGGGCCAUUGCGGUGCUACGGAGACCGGAAUACCUGGAACACAGUCUCCUUCAACAAAGGCACCGUCCUGCUCUUCCCCACCUUCCAGGUCAACCAGAGCCUUGACAUUUCCUUCUACUUCAAAACCACUUCCUUGUCUGGCGUCUUCCUGGAGAACUCGGGCUACAAGAACUAUAUCCGUGUUGAACUCAACACUACCAGGAAUGUGCUCUUUGCCUAUGACAUUGGGAAUGGCCACGAGAACCUGACAGUGAGUUCCAUCUUCCCCUUCAAUGAUGACGAGUGGCACUGGGUGCAGGCCGAGCUCAAUGUGAAGAUGGUGCGACUGCGAGUAGAUGAGCUGCCCUGGGUUGUGCGGGCAGCCCCACCCCAGACCUACGUACAGCUGGAGUUUGACAAGCCCCUUCAUGUUGGGGCAGCUGAGCACAAGCUGCGUCCCUUCCUGGGCUGCCUGCGGGGAUUGCGCAUGAAUGGUGUGACGCUGAACCUGGAGGGCAAGGCUAAUGAGACGGAGGGCGUGCGGGUGAACUGUACCGGCUACUGCCAGAACCCACGGGUGCCCUGCCAGAACAGCGGGCUCUGUGUGGAGCGCUACAGCCACUACACCUGCAACUGCAGCAUCUCUGCCUUCGACGGGCCCUUCUGCAACCGCGAUAUUGGUGGUUACUUUGAGGAGGGCACUUGGGUUCGCUACAACAUCCUGUCAGCUUCACUGUAUGCUACCCAUGAGUUCGCCAGUAUUGUGAGCCAGCCCCUGCCCGGCUACAACUUGACAAGUGAGGAGGUGAGCUUCAGCUUCAGCACCACUUCCGCCCCUGCUGUGCUGCUCUACGUCAGCUCCUUUGUCAAGGACUACAUGGCUGUGCUCAUCAAGGAUGAUGGCAGCCUGCAGUUGCGGUACCAGCUGGGCACCAGCCCCUAUGUCUUCGCACUGACCACCAAGCCUGUGACAGAUGGAAGGCCCCAUCGUGUCAACAUCACCCGUGUCCACCGCACGCUCUACACACAGGUGGACUUCUUCCCUGUCAUGGAACAGCAGUUCUCUCUGUUUGUGGACAGCAAGCUGGACUCGCCCAAGAACCUGUAUCUGGGCCGUGUGAUGGAGACCGGUGUAAUUGACCUAGAGAUCCAGAGGUACAACACACCUGGCUUCUCCGGCUGCCUCUCAGGGGUGAAAUUUAACACCAUUGUGCCUCUCAAGUCCAUCUUCCGCCCGAGCAGCAUGAUGGUGCACUACAAUAUCCGGGGGGAGUUGGUGGAGUCCAACUGUGCAUCCAUGCCUCUCAGCACCAUGCCCAUUCCCCCGGAGAUGGAUCCCUGGUACAUGGGCACAGAGUUCCCUCAUGUGCAUGAUGACGGCUGGAUUGGGAUCAUCAUUGGAUUUGUGAUAUUUCUGCUGCUGCUCCUUGGUGGCCUACUGGUGCUACUGUAUCUCUACUAUCACCGCUACAAGGGCUCAUACCACACCAACGAGCCAAAAGCCAUUCAGGACUACAGCAGUGCAGUCAAGCCCCUUGCCAGCCGCAAGGACCAGAACCUGCCCCAGAUCCUGGAGGAGGCAAAAAGUGACUAGCUGUUGGAACAGGGCUGGGUGGAGGGGAAGGGUUAGCUCCACAGGCACUUGGCAUCCCGCACCCUCAGGAGACUCGCCAGAGGUGUUCCUCUCCCAGGAGCAGUACUGGAGGGUGUCUCCUGCUAUGGCCAGGAGGGUAGUGAGCGUUGCGGGACCAAAAGGCCAACUGAACCCGAACUGCCAAAACCCAAUGCUGGACUGGGGCAGCAACGCCUUCCUCUUGUGCUGCUUCUACCUGCCCACAUCACACCCAGCGUUGCUUGGGGCUGUGCCUUGCAUAGCCUGUGAGUCACCUGUGUGAGGACUGCGUCUUCCUCCUAUUGUACAUCAAGGCCAGCCCCCAAGUACUCAGCCCAUAACAGCCCAGACCCAUGGUGGAAGUCAUAUGCCAGGUGGCUCUACCCACUGUGGUUUGCACUACCAAGCUGCAAGCCCCCUCCCCUUCCCUUUCCCCCUCUGUUGGGGGUCAAGCUGCAGCCAAAACUUCUCCCAACUCCCACAGAAAGAUUGCAGCCAAUGCAUCAACAUGAAGCUGCUUUCUGAGCCCAGGCUGGGACAGGGCUACACAUCUGUGACCUGUAAAAUUGCCCAUCCCAGGCUUACAGAGGCUGUUUUCCACACAGACACCCAGGCAUGGCCCCAGUUGAGAAGACAUGCUUGUAUCUAUUUUACAUGCUCCAAACCUGUUGUUUUGUAGGGGGAAUAUGCACUACAGUAUAGCCUGGCCUUCCACAUGUCUGGUUAGCAAAGAUAGCACUUAGAUUACCUGCUUGUUUACUCGCUUAGCAAAAGCCAUUAAGUGAACCAUGCAAUAUAGAGCAUAUGAGCACAAUCCUUAGGUCGUGCUCUGAAACCUGUGCAAUAUCCCUGCCAGUAUAUGCAGUGGCAGCUGCUGCCAUGCAUGAGCCUGCACUUUGCUGAGAUGCUGCUUCCAUACAAUCAGGUACAGACCAUCUGAUUCUUUCUACCAUUUUUGUUGUCAAGUUCUCUAUUACUCACUGGGUUUUUUUAUUCUGUCACUUUGUAUAAAAAAGUACCAAAACCAACCAAAAAAACCAACAAAACAAAAUUUAACGUCAGAUGCUACAUUUCAAGUGAGUGUUGUGGUAAAUGGUCUGUAGUUUGCUACUUCUCUGUAAGAAGUGCUAGUCGUGCUGAUAACUUCCAGCCCAGUGAAAGUGCCAGUCACACGCUUCAUUGUGAUGAGAUGUUACAGAAAUGCAUUUAUCUUCCCAAAGGCCUGGCUCCACUGGGCACUUUAUUUUUGAAAAAUCUGUUUUGUUGAAUGAAGUGUGAAGAUAUUCAAAUAAAUGCAGAAUGACAGCGUU